AUGCCGUCUAAAGGAAAAGCGCGCGCGAGCACGGCGACGACCAAGGAGGUGGAGGAGGAGCAGGAAGAGAAGGUCGGUCAUGUGGGGCGCCGGCCCCACAUGACCGACGAGGACGUCCAAGGCGUGCUGGUCGCUGCCCAGGUCUUCGUGUAUCCACCUGACGGCAAGAAGAAGGAGACGGCCGGCCAGAUCGACGUCCCCAACAUUGCAGAUCUCUACGAUCGCUGCUCCGCUACUAUCCGAAAGAUUAUCGACCGGAAGCCAAGGAUCGGCAGCGGUCGAGUGCCCAUUCACGACCCUGCCGUCCUGGCGCAGCGAUUGCGCUCGCUGCCGCCGAACUUGAGCGCGAGGCAAAAGGCAAGGCGCGCGGGCGUGGCACCAAGCACACUAGCACGGCUGCGCGAUUCCAUCGAGCAGAAGCUCGCUGAGGCGACUACGAUGUGGACCCUUACCUGCAAGGCUGCCGUCCGGUGUGUGAAGCGGUUUAUUCUUGCAGGCAUCGAGUGUCGGUACCGGCUGUGCAUGCUGCACUACAAGCUCACGGCAAUCAUUACAAGGACUGCAGUAAUUACUUGGUCUGGAUCGGCUAACCUGACAAUCGCGGCGUGGAUCCACAGCGACGAGCUUUUGGUCUGCACAGAGGGACCUUGUGAGUACGAGGCAUACAAGUUGUUGUACUGGCUGUGGUCGAGAGGCAUCACUGCAACAUUGGACGACUUGGCCAAUUUGGUCGCCCGAAAUCCGGUCGGCAGUGAAGCUGGAGACAUCACCAUCGUCGUGUCGGACAAGGAGCUCAAGUUCGUCGAGGGGGAGGCUGGGAAGCUGGGACUGCAGGAGUGGGUCGACGGCUGCUCUAACUACAGACGGAUGACUCGUUACUUGGACCAGUGCGCGCAGGAACGCGAGCUCGCUAUGCUCUGCGGUCAGAACGCAGUAGUUCUAGCGGCAGAGCGGCCUCCCAUACGGGAUCUGGACGCCCACGGCCUCCCAAUGCCUGAACCACAGAGUCCACCCGCCCCCGAAGCCCCUGGCCCCUUCCAAGCUCUACAGACUACAGCGGCCACCCUAGAACGAACACUGGGCAAAUUAAAGCAAUGGUCGCCAAUCUAUCGCUUCUGGAGUGUACAAGACGAGGUAGACCAGCUACAACAAGAUGUGCAAGACGCGGUCGAUGCGAGACUGCAUGGCGUCUCCACUCCCCAACGAGUCCUCUUGGACGAAAAGUUACGCGUUGCAGAAGCCCGAAGGCAGAACAAAGAGCUUCGGAUCAAGCGAGAGAGAAGAGAGCAUGCCAUACUCCGAUACCUCAAAGUCAGGAAGGCAUUGGAUUUUGCUGAAGAAGAGCUUGACGAAACUCCGACCACUGCCGGAUCAGCUGGAAGCUGGUGGCCGAGUGGGGUAGCGCGCUGUCCGAUCAGCGGGAGCUGGCGACCGAGCGCGUGUGUGCCGCUGUCCGAUCAGCCGUUGGCUGGUGACCGAGCGGAGCAGCUGUCCGAUCAGCGUGUAGCUGGUGACUGA